CCGAGACGGGACUAUUACCAAGGGCUGGAGUGUGUGUCUGACUGUGUGUGUGUGUGUGUGUGUGUUAACGUUAGUUGUAUACAGUAUGUGUUGGAAGGGGAGUGAGCAGCGUCUGGUGUUUUUCUAGGGAGUGUGAUGUGUUCUUCAUGGUGUUUAAGGUGUUUGCAAAGUAGGUCUGAGAGGCGGGUGUGAGGGUUAGAUUCAGCAGGUGCUUGUGUACAUGUGUGGCUGUAAGGAAUACAAAAAGUCUGUUUUUUAAGUGUGUGUGCAUUGCUGUGAACAUUGAGGAUGUCCAACUCCACCGUCAACUUCUACGCCCGUUCUCAGUCCUUUAGCUCCUCUGACAUUAUUGUCAUAGUAACCUACUUCCUUCUCAACCUCGCUGUCGGCAUCUGGUCAUCAUGCAGGGUGAGCAGGAAUACUCUGAGCGGAUACUUCUUGGCUGGACGGGACAUGGCCUGGUGGCCGAUCGGAGCGUCUCUCUUUGCCAGUUCAGAGGGCUCAGGUUUGUUUAUUGGUCUGGCUGGUACUGGAGCAGCUGGAGGCAUCGCUGUCACUGGUUUUGAAUGGAAUGCCACCUAUGUGCUGCUGGCUCUGGCCUGGGUAUUUGUGCCUGUCUACAUCUCCUCAGGGAUUGUGACAAUGCCAGAGUACCUGGGCCGUCGUUUCGGAGGAGAGAGGAUCAGAACCUACCUUGCUGUCCUCUCACUGCUGUUGUCUAUCUUCACAAAGAUAUCAACUGACCUGUACUCUGGAGCCUUGUUUGUUCAGGUGUGUCUGGGGUGGAACCUCUACCUGUCCACCGUCCUCAUGCUGGUGGUCACUGCUCUCUACACAAUUGCAGGGGGUCUUGCUGCUGUCAUCUACACCGACACCCUACAGACAUUCAUCAUGAUUAUAGGAGCAAUCAUCCUAACAAUCACUGCCUUCAACAAGAUUGGUGGCUACAGCAACCUGGAGCGUGUAUACAGCAUGGCGGUGCCCAGUAAGAUCAUUCCCAACAGUACCUGCCACCUGCCGCGUGCAGACGCCAUGCACCUGUUCAGAGACGCCGUCACUGGUGACCUGCCCUGGCCCGGCAUGACUCUGGGGCUCACCAUACUGGCCACCUGGUACUGGUGCACCGACCAGGUGAUUGUUCAACGGUCCCUGUCUGCUAAGAACCUGAGUCACGUGAAAGGGGCAUCAAUCCUGGCUGCCUAUCUGAAGUUGUUGCCCUUCAUCUUCAUCAUCCUCCCUGGCAUGAUCAGCAGAGCUCUCUAUCCAGACACUGUAGGAUGUGUGGAUCCAGAAGAGUGUGUGCGUGUGUGUGGAGCAGAGGUGGGAUGCUCCAACAUCGCCUUUCCCAAACUGGUCAUUGAACUCAUGCCAAGUGGCUUGCGUGGUCUUAUGAUAGCGGUGAUGAUGGCCGCUCUGAUGUCAUCGCUGACCUCCAUCUUUAACAGCAGCUCCACACUCUUCACCAUGGACAUCUGGAAGAAGCAUCGCCCUCGUGCCACGGAGCGAGAGCUGCUACUGGUCGGCAGGAUCGUGACUGUGAUCUUGGUGGUGGUGAGUGUGGUGUGGAUCCCUAUCCUGCAGUCGGCCAACAGUGGCCAGCUGUAUGUUUACAUCCAGUCAGUGACGAGCUACCUCGCUCCGCCCGUCACUGCUGUCUUCACCCUGGCUAUCUUCUGGAAGAGGACCAACGAGCAGGGUGCGUUCUGGGGCCUGAUGGUGGGGUUGGUGGUGGGUGUGUGUAGGAUGGUGCUAGAGUUUGCCUUCGCGCCUCCCAGAUGUGGUGUCGUGGACUCAGCGCCUGCGAUCCUGCGCAGCGUCCACUACCUCCAUUUCGCCAUUCUGCUCUGUGGGCUCACUGCUAUCGUGGUUACUAUAGUAUCACUGCUCACACCACCGCCCAGCCACGAACAGAUAUGUAACCUGACCUGGUGGACUAUUACUGAAGAGCCGCCGAGAGAAAUUCCUCUACAGAAAGUGUCCUCUGUCAGCCACCGUAGCUCCCAGGGCUCUGAGCCAACACGGCGGGGGACAUGUGGUCAGGGGACAGGGUUGUGUAUCUCAGCAAUGCGGCGAUCAGAGGAGCCUGCAACUCCCAGAGUUCAAAGCGUCAGAGAGAGUGUGUUUUGGUCCAGGUUCUGUUGUGUCAAUGCACUCAUGGUGAUCAGCAUUAACAUUUUUCUUUAUGCGUACUUUGCCUGA